AGGGGCCGGGCACCCCGCCCUGCUGCCACCGGGGGUUGGGUGCCCAUGGCCCUGCGCCGCUCAGAGACUCUCCCGUGCAGUUGGCUGCGGGUGCCGCGACUUGGGAAGCUGAGCUGAGACCGCCCCGCCUGACGCGGCCCGGCUGCUGAGCAGGAGGCAGCGGCCGGUGAGGGGACGGGGACAUGGCGGAGACCGGCUCCGUGCACGCCACCAGGUUCGAGGCGGCCGUGAAGGUGAUCCAGAGCUUGCCCAAGAAUGGUUCAUUUCAGCCAACGAAUGAAAUGAUGCUCAAGUUCUAUAGCUUUUAUAAGCAAGCAACCCAAGGACCCUGUAACAUUCCACGACCUGGAUUUUGGGAUCCAAUUGGUAGAUAUAAAUGGGAUGCUUGGAGUGCCUUGGGAGACAUGUCCAAAGAAGAAGCCAUGAUAGCCUAUGUUGACGAAAUGAAGAAGAUUCUUGAGAGUAUGCCAAUGACGGACAAAGUUGAAGAAUUACUACACGUAAUAGGCCCAUUCUAUGAAAUAGUAGAAGAUAAAAAGAACAGAGGAUCUGACCUAACUUCAGUUCGAAUGGAGAAAGUUUCUAAGUAUUUGGAAGACCUUAGUAAUGUCAUGAAUUCUACUCCAAAUAUAAAGGCUGUGAAUGGAAAAGCUGAAAGCAGUGAUAGUGGAGCAGAAUCAGAAGAAGAAGGCCUUCGUGAAGAGGAAGAAAAAGAACUACAGCUAAAUGGAAAGGACUAUAAGGAUGUGAAACCAGAAUCAGCAGCUGCUAAGGAUUUGGAAAACGUUGUUACUAAUGGCUGUUACAAGGACAGCUUUAUCCCAGAUAUGCAGAAUGGCAUCCAGACCAAAUCUGCCCUGAAUGGCUUGAACCCAGAGGAAGAAAUAAAGAAAAUAGAGCCAAACCUAGAAAAAUCUAGUAACUGUGCUCACCAAGGUGCAAAUGAAGAGAAUACUGAAGAAGUUUCAUCAGCUCAGCACUUAACCAGUGAUUCAGACAGUGAAGUUUAUUGUGACUCUAUGGAGCAACUUGGACUAGAAGAGCCCUUGGAGAUCAUCACAUCAGCUAAAGGAUCUUUAAAGCAUUCAUCCCAUUUCUUGGAUGUAGAUCAUGGUCUUCCAUUACAAAAUAUGGAUUUUUCAAGGCACACUUGCAUGACUUCUGAGCAUCUCCAAUCUGGAAAUACUGUUGAGGGCGCAGCUCAAGAACAAGGUGAAGUCAAGUGUGGAGGAGAAGAUGGCAAAGCCAGUAAUGGGGGCCCUCACAAGGAAAAGAAAGGCGGAGAAAAAGCAGAUUUCUACAAUGUCAGAAGAGGGAGAGGGCACAGACUUCAGCCUCUGGGAGAUGGUUCACAAGGUGGACAGAUGGGCAGUGGAGGGGAUGGAGAGCGCUGGGGAUCAGAGAGGGGCCCCAGGGGCAGCCUCAACGAGCAGAUCGCGGUGGUGCUGAUGCGGCUGCAGGAAGACAUGCAGAAUGUUCUUCAGAGGUUGCAUAUGCUGGAGGCAGUUACAGCAUCACAGGCAAGAUCUGCAACGCUACAGUCAAAUUAUCAGCCUGAUUCCUCUGUCAAGAAACCAUCAUGGUGGCCCUUUGAAAUUUCUCCUGGUAUUUUAGCUUUUGCUAUUGUAUGGCCAUUUAUUGCCCAGUGGUUGGUACAUGUGUAUCUUCAAAGAAAGCGAAGAAAACUGAACUGAGAAUUCUUGACUUUUGCUUAAAGAGUGCUAGAAGAUGGCCCUGGAAAGCAAAGGAAUUCUGAAUUCUCAUAGAAUCUCAGGAUCUGGGGUGAUGUUCCUGCAGUUAUAAUAUUUUGUACUACCUUUGAGCUAAACAUUUAAGGACUAACAUUAUUGAAACUUGAAUGAUUCACAGCUCCUAGGU